UGACGUAAACGCCUUUAAUCUUCUUACGCUAAUGAGCAGAAGAAGCCACCUUUCGCUAACUUUCGUCUUUGGCUUUUGUAGUCAAGUAAGUGUAAAAAAAAUACACAAAUUGAACAAGUGAAAAAUUCUUCAGAAUGUUAAUUUCCCGAAAAUUGUGGACUACCUUGAGGCGUCACGUGACCUACUGUACUACAGUUCAGUCUCAGCCAAAAAAGAGCAAGUUUGGACCUCUAAACGACGAAGACCGAAUUUUCACGAAUUUAUAUGGCCGACAUGACUGGAGUCUGAAAGGAGCCCUGAGGCGAGGUGACUGGUACAAAACCAAGGAAAUUCUCCUCAAAGGACCCGACUGGAUCAUCAGUGAGGUAAAGACGUCCGGCCUGAGGGGCCGAGGUGGGGCUGGAUUUCCCAGCGGUAUGAAGUGGAGCUUCAUGAAUAAACCAAGUGAUGGCAGGCCCAAGUACUUGGUGGUGAACGCAGACGAAGGCGAACCCGGCACCUGUAAAGACCGUGAGAUCAUGCGUCACGACCCGCACAAGUUGCUGGAGGGUUGCCUGAUUGCGGGGAGGGCUAUGGGCGCCAGGGCUGCGUACAUCUACAUUAGAGGGGAGUUCUACAAUGAGUCCUCCAAUGUUCAGAUGGCGAUCAACGAGGCCUACAAAGCCAAGCUCAUCGGGAGGAACGCGUGUAGCUCCGGGUACGACUUUGACGUGUUUGUCAUGCGGGGUGCCGGCGCUUACAUUUGCGGGGAAGAGACGGCGCUCAUCGAGUCGCUGGAGGGCAAACAAGGAAAGCCGCGACUCAAACCACCUUUUCCUGCAGACAUAGGAGUAUUUGGGUGCCCGACGACUGUUUCCAAUGUGGAGACGAUCGCCGUGGCACCUGCCAUAUGUCGCAGGGGCGGAGCUUGGUUCGCCAGCUUUGGCAGGGAGAGGAACUCUGGAACCAAGCUGUUCAACAUCUCGGGCCACGUGAACACACCUUGCACUGUGGAGGAAGAGAUGUCCAUCCCACUCAGGGAGCUGAUUGAAAGGCACGCAGGAGGAGUGAAGGGUGGCUGGGACAACCUACUAGGGGUGAUCCCCGGGGGUUCGUCCACUCCCAUCAUCCCCCGGCAUGUGUGCGAUGACGUGUUGAUGGAUUUCGAUGACCUCGUGCGGGCAGAAAGCGCCCUCGGCACAGCCGCUGUUAUCGUCAUGGAUCAGUCGACGGACGUGAUUCGAGCCAUCGCGCGUCUGAUCGAGUUCUACAAGCACGAAAGCUGCGGCCAGUGCACGCCUUGCAGAGAGGGCGUGGACUGGAUGAACGGAAUGAUGUGGAGAUUCGUGCGAGGCAAAGCUGCCAAUUCCGAAAUUGACAUGAUCUGGGAGCUGAGCAAGCAGAUAGAAGGACACACCAUUUGUGCUCUGGGGGACGGAGCCGCGUGGCCUGUGCAGGGACUGAUUCGCCAUUUUCGUCCAGAGAUGGAGGCACGCAUCGCUCAGCAUAACAAGAAAAAUGCUCCGAGGCAAACGGAAAUUGAGAUGAUCUGAAACCAAGUACUUUAUUGUUGAAAUUCUUUUUAAGUACUGAAAGUAUUAAAGUAUGCAAAUGAGGCAUUUCUUACACCCCUGAUAAUGGAAGAAAAAAUUUCUAACCCUUUCCUGCACGAAUUACGACUGGUCGUUGUGGCCUUAAAGUGCCUGUGACACAAAAAAAGCAUGCUUUUCAUAUUACACGCGGUAUUUUAUGCUACUGAAUGAAAUGGACCGCUUGGAUGUGUGUGGAAGCAAUCGAUGUAUUUAUUCCAUUUUUUAAAUCCCGCGCUACAAAAAUGAUGACCUCCGGCCACUGUCUCGGAUUGAAGAAGAAGGCGAAUGUGACGUCAGCAGACUAACAAGCUUCAGGACCCCGGCUCUCGAUUGUGUCCAGACUUCCAGGCCCCUCGGUCCUCUUCGUGGCUUGGGCUCGGGCAGCCACGCGCUCCGACAUCGGCCGAUUUGUCCACUGAGAAUGUGCCAUUUUCGUUCAUUCCCUUCUGCAUCCCGGUGACCAGCACUGCCUGCCUGCCAGGGCUACAGCAGAACGACAAGCCGAAACUUGCUUGCUGCCAGCGGCUGGCCAAUCGGAAAAGACUAUCAACCCCACCACUGUGUGUGACAUGAGUCGGGGUAGUUUUGUGUGAUUUCUCGUUUUCGAAAGAUGAGGAAAAGGCUUGGAAAGCAGCUCGGUUUGAUUUAGCAUGUUGCCUAGCUGUCAUGCCUUCUGUUUUGUUUACGCUCUUUCCUCUGUCAUCGAAGCCGGGAAACUCUUCCUCUGUCUCCGAAGCCGGGAAAUGACAAAAGCCGGACUAACUCCAGUGGCAUAAAAUACCGUUCGGGAGGUUUAAGAAGUCGGCAGUUUUGACCAAUAUGCAGUAAUUUUGCCUUGUCGUACUGAGUAAAUGCAUUUUUUAAUAUUUCAUAUUCCAUUUAGCACAAUACUGUUAUUUGUCAUGACCAUACCAUUUAUUUAGCAAUUGGGGAAAAAUACUUAGAUAAAAAGAAUAUCCUGUAAAAAUAUUGGAGAUUGAAACAAUGAUGACAUUUUGCUGCUCUCUUAAUUGGGCUGGAUUCAAAAUAAGCUGAAAUUGUUACUCUGCUGACAUCAUCACCCAGCUGGAGGCUCUAGAGCACUAUAAUGACAGGUGGGCUAAAUGGCAGAUUAAAAAACAAAUUUCUCAUCAUCUGCGGUUUGCCCAAUUUUUGUUUAUAGUCGAAUUGUCUCAAAAUAUUUUAAUUCACAUAAAAAUGCUAUUUAAGACUUUAUGUCCUGUCUCAGGCACUUGAAAUCAUUGGUCAUAGUCCAUUUUGACUGGAUCGUUCAUUUGGAUUGGACAAUUCUGCAUAGUUUGAAGAAACACUCGGGAAUUUUAUUUUUAUUUGCAUUUCAUGCUCUAGCAAGUGUAGUCUUAGCAAGCCAAAAUAAAUACUAUGCCAAGCAUAAACACUUAUUUCAUAUAUCCUAAAAUUUAUUCUGCAACGCAAUAAAUCUUCAUAAUCCCAAUACUCGAACUAACUACUUGAUAGAUUUAUAGAUCACCUAAAUAAUCGAUAGUUCUUAACUCUUUACCAUUGUUGGCAACAGAAGUCCAAUCCAUUUUGGCUGAGAGGCCUGGCAGUGAAUGAUUGCCAUAUUAAUGACACACACACACAAAAUAACAGGCGGUUUAAUUUAAGAUGCUUUAUUUAAGCAAUACAUUAGUCUGAUUUUACAACAUAACUUCAAAAACUGUUCAUCCAACAAAGUAGGGUCCAUGUUUUUUUUUUUUCACAAAGACAAUAUAUUCCAAUUUUCGCAAUCUGUCAUUGUUCAUGUGACCAUCCAAUCAUGUCAGUCCUAAAAUUCAACUGUACAGAUUUAUGCUCACCAAAAAAAAAAAAAAAAAAAAAACAGCUACAAGUCGUCCAUGCGUAUUUUCACGGCGCCAUCCAGAAGGGCAUGGACUGCUGUGACUGCGCUUUAGCUCGAGGCGGAGGCGGGGGUGGGCAGCGGUACCCCUGAAUCCAUUCUAAGGAGGCCGACGGUGAGCCCCCCGGGUUACCUGACCCUGAGGCUUUGGCGCUCGGGUGGUCUUCCUCUUCGUCAGAAGAGUCGCCGGCGUAUGCAACCAAGCCUGUUUUUAGUCUCUUUCCUGCAGGUUCUGCUGGGGAAAUUCAGGGAAAGAAAAAGACAAGACAAGAAAAAAACAGCAGCAACAACAUUUCAAAACAAUCCAAAAUCGGAAGAAACACAUUAGUACGGCAGAGAACGGGCGGGGCAUCCCAGAGCCGCCAUUGGUUGGUUGGGGGGGCGUCCAAUGGCGCGGCAGGAUGGCGUCAAAGCGGCGUUACCCCCCGCCCCCCAGGGGUGACAUGGAAGAGAAGGAAAAACAGAGAAAAAAGAGAAAACACAAAAACAGGAGAGAGGCUCGUUAGUGAGGGAGGCCAACACGGCACAGGGAUGAUGAUGUCAUCAGAAUGAGACAAGAGACUGGAGCUAUUUGGAGGUUUUUAGGCACUGCGGGAGAAUCCUGGAAGAGUCAUCGAUAUCGUCAACGCUUUGCUGAGGUUGAUCCGUUGCAGACAUUUUUAAAUUUUAAGUAAAAUUACUGAAGUGGGGGGGGGGAGAAAUUAAACUUUUCCUGACAGGGGGAUUUGAAAUGUGAUGUAAUGUACUUACCCACAGGGCCUUGAAGUGGCCUUCUCUCCUCCAUCUUAGGUCUGGCGCCAUUUACGGGAAUCAUCGGUGGAGGCAUUAGCUGCCGACUGGAGAAAACAAACAGCCAAUUUCAAGUACAAUACAUUUGCAUUUGAUCUUUGACAAAAAUCACAUCAUGUUAAUUGGUGCAUUGAGUAAAAUUUCUGAAAUAAUGCAUGUCUACUGAAAAAAAAAAAAAAAAAAAAAAUGCUACCGUAAAAUUAAGUGUAGCACGGUACCAAAAUUAUACAUAACAAUUAUAAUAGCAAAUAAAAAUGGUGUUUGUGUUUUUAAAAAUGAUUUAAAACAAUAGUAUUCAAUUAUUACAAUUUGUCAAAAAGUGAUUUGUAAAGAAAAAAUCCAUUAAAAAAAACUAAAAUUGCCGAAAUUAAAAGAAUUUGAAAGUGUACAGUAAAAUAUGAACUACUGUUAUGUGUAAUAUGGAAAAAAGGGAAGAGGAAAAAUAAUUCUAAAAGAUAAACAGUUAUCCCUCGCUAUUUCGCGGCUCAACUUUUGCAUCUUGGUGCAUCCAUGAUUUUUUAAUCUUGUUAUAAGUAAGAGUUCUAAAAACAUUUAUGUACACUUUUUCAUAUCUAUGUCUGUAUGCACAAUUACACACACGUAUCGUGAGUGAGAGAUUGAAUAUACAGUACGUAUUUUAUUUAUUCAUACAUUAUUUUAUGUAUAUUUUUAUAUUUAUAUGAAUAUAUAAUACGUAUUUAUAAUAUUUAUACAUUAUUCUAUGUAUGAUAUUUACAUUAUUAAUAUCUUCAUGUUUCAAACUAUUCUUUCAAAUUCUAAUGAUGACGUAUGCAUUUAUAGGGUUUUAUAUAGAGCUAUUGAUAUAAUACUAUUAUAUACACAAAAUAAAUGUAAACGGUCAGUUCUGGUUCCUAAUAACAGCGAUAAGUGAGGGAUCACUGUAGAUGCAUAGACUUCACCAUCAGUUGACAAGACAGCUCCUACAGACUAUGUGUAACGGCCUCCCGGAGGAGGCAGAGCGCCGCGGCAGCUUUCACUGUGAUAAACUCGCUGCGUUCUAAUGCCGGAUUUAGGUGGAAACAGGACGAAAAUUUUAAUGCAUUCAAGCAGGCCGGAGUGUCUCGAGAGUGGUUUGGUCGAGGAUUCAAGUUGAUUAAAAUGAAUGGGAAAAAAAUUGCUUAACUUUAGCUUGAAAUAUUUACUUAAAAUGAAUGAUAACUGCCCGUUUUUUUGCUUUGAACCAAGAUUCUAGACUGUCUACGUUCAUAUCUAUAGAAAUUCCGGGAUUUACGCAUUUGUUUACAAAAAUUUUCAACUUAAAAAGGUCAUUGUUUUGUGAUGGCCGCUAGGUUGGAUUUUGUAUCCAUACACAAUAGCGUAACUUUACAUUCAGAUAAAUCAGGUAAUUUUUAGCCAAAUGCCCAUUUUUUCAGAAAAAAUAAAAAAAAGUUUUUCAGACUUUUUGCGCCCAUACAAAAAAAAUCGGCUUUAACGCGUUUUAUUUUAUAACAUUUCAAUCUAAAAACGACGAGAACCAGAUAGCCAUCAAGACGUGCUGAGGCAAUAGUGACAUCGGAAUUCAACCUAAAUAAGUUGUAAUUGUAUGUAGAAAAAUGCAAAAUUUGCUCUUGUUGAGUAAAAUUAAGGUAACUGCAUACUUUCCUCAAGUAUUAAAUUUCUAAUGUGAAAAUUGAGUGAUUUAUUGAGAACUAACAUCAAAAUUGCACUAAAUAAAAAUGUAAGUUGUUAUUUUGUGCAAAAACUUAUAUAUGGCGGAAAACAGAUGACUUGAAGUUCCGCUCUGAGACCCCCAAUUUGGCCAAAUUUCAAAAUUGUCCAAUAUUCAUGUGUGAUACAUCAUUGGAAAGCUUAAAAUCUAAAUUUUCUGGGGGAAUAAAAAUUUUGAACAGGAGGGCAUUUAAAAAAUAAAUAAAUAAAAAAAAUAGCAAAGCCCUAACUGGCGGUGUGAGCACGGCGCGCGAGAGCAGGAUUAAAGACGCCAUGAUUUUAACGAGAUAUUAUCACAUACUUACCCUGUUUCAAUCCAAAAACUCUAUGUAGCAUAUAUCAUCGAGUGUCAAGACACAGAUGUGAAUGGCCAAAGCCAGGUUUUUGGGAGAUUUUAUGGGUGAAACAUGGUAAUAUAACAAGGGUCGCAGUGCAGAAAUCGCAGACAUCAAGGAGUGGUCUAGAUGUUCUUUUUCAUAUAUUUGCCCUUUUAAAUGUUUUUGUUUUUCUGUGUUUGGAUCAAUUAUUUAUCAUCUAACAUAUCGGGGAAAAUGUGACAGUAAAUAAAAAAAUUCCAAUUAAGGCAUAGUUAAGAGGUAGAUCUCCAUGACCUUUUUUAGAGACACCAUUUUUUUCAUUGUGACGUAAUUUGUUUAAAAGUUUUAAAAUAUGCGAGUGACUAAUAUUUUAAAGUUUGUUUUUUUUAAUGAAAUAUUAUACAUCAAUUAAUGAUUCUAAGCUAAAAAUGACAGACAUUUUGAAUAAGAAAUAUAAUUACUUAGCUUCUUUUUAUGGCUGGGUUGAAACAAAAGUGGUUGCGCAACGUCUGUAAACGGGAAUUUCCAGGGUAAAACGGACAAAUUAAAAAUAGUUUGGGGGCCUAAUGCGCCAUGAAUCCGCUAUGGCAGCAUAUAGACAUAUUGUUCUAUCAAACACAACAGUUCUUUUGGCUUUAAAAAACAGCAGUUUAUUUUAAAGAAGGGUGCAAGAGCAGAAACUGAUUUUUCAGUCUUGUCUGUGUUUUCCGCCAUAUGUUACAGUAAAUAUUGCUAAUGAUCCUGAAAAUAUAGGUGAUUAUCUCUGCAUUUGGUAAUUUUUUGCAUGUACUGUAAAAUCUGAGAAUUUUAUAGCCAUUUAAAGUUUUGUCAUACUUAUAUCAAAAAUAAUUAAUCAGGAUUUUUUUAGGGAACGACCUUGAAUUUUUUGAUGCCGCUGCUCAUCUAGACUCAUAUAUGCCUAAGGGAGGUGCCUGUUUUGGUUUUAGGUCGCUAGCGGCUUUGGUUUUGAAAAUAUUUGACUUUUUAAGUUUUGAAAAUAGGCCCCCUAUGGAGCAGCCCUGUGCCCUGUUUCCCAUCAACUAAUAGUGAAGUCUAUCGGAGAUUAAAAGAUUACAGAUUCUUAGAAUACUGCAUACCCGUCCCUCUCACUCGGCAGGCCCGAGGAACUCGUCACUGGGGGUCCUGCUGUCUCGGGGCUGCCAGCGGAGUAGCCUGCACCUAAAUUAGUCAUAUGAAUGGGUCCAUGCUAUGAGCAGAAAGACACACAGGCACCGUUAGCAGACAUUCUCAACAUGACGCGACUGGCCACAGUAUCAACUAAGUGUCAUUUUUGGCGUUUAUUACUUCUUACCGUGUGUGACCGAGAUUUUCCUGGGUCACAAUUUAAGACAUGACACAAUUUAAUACAUGUGUAUAGAUAUAUUUUACCACUACACAGGAUGUUUCGUCAGUAUUAUAAGGGAAAAACAAUAAAAAUAUAUCGAAAGUAACGAAUGACGCGUCGUAUGUGUCGCUUACCUGAUAGCCGAGAAGGUUACUGUCGCACUCGUCAGGUACUUCUUCAGUGAAGCGUCGUUUCUGCGCUGGAUUGGUCGUCAUCGACGGAGGAGGCAGAACUUUGGGCGGAGCCACAGCCGAUGGGACGUAGGUCACCGGGGGAACUGUCUGUGUUGAGAAAGGAAAUGCGUUGUAGCCGAAGUUUGGUGCCAAUAUAAUUUUACUUUUACCUGAACAACUGAAGCAGGAACAGGAGCAGGAACGGAAGAAAGAACAGGAGGCGGAAUAGGUGUCGGAAGAGGAGCUGUGACGGGCGGAGCCGGACAAAUAG